CAAUCAGCUCGUCGGAGAGGAAAAACACGCGAAGAGGCUCCAACUGAGGAGCGCGCGUCGCAUCGCAUCGCAUCGCAUCGCGCAGGAGAGUUGCGCACAGAAGAAGAAGAAGAAGAAGACGCUGCGGCCGAGAGGAUGCAGUGAAGCAGCGAGAACACAAUAACGACGAAAAGAUGAGCGUGAUCCAGGCCGGGCACGACGGCAGCAAAGGUGGACACACUGACAGCAGCGGCGGCUCUCCGAGGCUCCAGCAGCACUGCGCUCAGCCUCCCAACAGCAGCAGCAGCAGCAGCAGCAGCCGGACCAGAGAUGCCAGAUACCAGCAGCAGCUCCAGCAGCAGCAGAGGCAUCAUGGAGGCUCGAUGCUGAAGCAACCGUCUCUCAACGAGCCGGCCGACGUGGUGAGACGGGCGCUGGACUUCAAGUGUCAGGGCACCCAGUGCUACAAGGAUAAGAAGUACCGAGAGGCGAUAGGCAAGUACCACCGCGCUCUGCUGGAGAUUAAAGGGCUGUGCAGGGUGCUGGGGGAUCCGGACUCCAGCUCCAAACCACCGUCCCCCCUACUGCCCACCAUCAGCAAGUCAGAGAGGCUGACAGAUGAGCAGAAGGGGGCCAUGGAGAACGCAGAGCUGGAGUGUUACAACAGCCUGGCUGCCUGCCUGCUGCAGAUGGAGCUGGUGAACUACGAGCGAGUGAAGGAAUACUGUCUGAAAGUGCUUCACAAGGAGGGGAAGAACUUCAAGGCUCUGUACCGAUCCGGUGUGGCCUACUACCACCUAGGAGAGUUCCAGAAGGCCCUGUACUACCUGAAGGAGUCAAACAAACAGGAACCAUCAGACACCAAUGCCAUCCGCUACAUCCAGCUGACAGAGAUGAAGAUCCGCCGGAGCGCCCAAAGGGAAAAGAAAGAGGCGACAUAAGCGCCGGCUGUGCGAUGACUUCUCACCCGUCAGCCCUACCGAGUGCCACCCAGACCUUACGCACCACGAGUCAGAGGUCUUGGUGUGAGAAGAUAUUUGUUUGCUUUUGCCUUGCACAGCAUCCGGUUGCCAGUUACGUGAUUGAACUUCAUCGUUGUGUGCUUGAAGCAUUUUCUUUUUUUAAAAAUCGUACCAGAUGCUGAGUGUCUGUCUCCAAACUGCCAAAUUUAUCUAGUAUGAAUCCAUCCCAAGUGUUUUUUAACCAUUACAAACUGAUGCACUGCCAGUCCAAACAUUGCACAUACAGGCCAACACUUGUGAUAGAGACAGGAGCAACAAGUUCCAUAGAGUGAGUCCAGCAUGUCUGCAGGCGGGUGUCACUGUUAAUUAGCACGUGCCCUCGCACAAGAUGUCUCUUGAGUGGCACGGAGUCAAUGAGUAACAGCCACCUACACCACCGCAGUACUUUGAUUUUGAAAGUACAACAAAAAGACACAUUUUUUUAUACUCUCGAUUAUAUCAGAAGUAAAGGUGCUUUCAUUGAGUAGGUUUCUAACUGUGUAGACAAGGACAUCAAGAGCACAUGCUGCAGUAAGAGACAUAUCACAAAAUGUACAUAGGCUACUUUAUAUGAAUCAUGAAAAAUAUAAUGGAGAGACAAGCUAUUUGUGUUUAUUGAUGCCAAAACAAAGCACUUCAUUCACAGCAUUUACUGUAUCAACAAAUACUGUAUGUUUAUUGUAAAGGUAUGCGUGUAAUAAAUGUGUCUAUUGAUUGAAGUACCUUUUUUUGUUGUGAUGCAGCUGUGGAUUUAUCUUACAUUUAAAAUUUUUCUCCUACGUUCCUGAAAAGCGACACGUGUAAAUAAAUAAGUCAACCAAA